CUCACGAAAAAGCAUUCAAAAUUCCAAAAAUAAUAAGUCCAAAUAAAUGUAACGGUAUUUUCAGAUCUGAACAACGUGCCGUUAACAGAGAAGUUUCCAGCGCAGGCACUGUUAAGUGCCGCAGCUAACAUCAGCUGUUGGGCGCUCGUGACACGAGCUCACCACCCUCGAAUUGUCAGUUGUCAGCUGUGCUGUUGUCAGUUUUUCGACGGUCGUGUGAAAAUUAAUGCGAAAAAAAUCCCCAAUAGAUAAACAAUAAAUAGGCGUGCGGAUAAAGGAUAGCCGGGACAAGUUGAAACUCGCGUCGUUUUGGUUCUUUUAGUUUUCCUUAAACCACUUUGGUUUGCGCUCAGUCAGGAAUUUUCCGUUUUCCAUUUAGCCCCAAGCAAUUAUAUCGGCGUAUCAGCAGAAGAUUAUGGAUAUUCUAAAGAAAAUGUUCAAGUCCGAGGCGGAAAAGGAGUCGGACUCUUCGGUUUCCGCUUCCAACAAGGACGAGUUCCGGAAGCCCCAGUGGUUCGAGGAGGCCGAGACCGAUGACGAACUCUUCGAUGACGAUCGCAAGUUCGCCUUCCAGGUGUUCACCAGUCCGCUGGAGAUGCAGAAGCACUUCGAGAGCCAGCUGCAACGACUCCUGGAAUCGCUGAACGACAAUGAUGAUGGUUUUGAGCGCGACUUGAAGGAAGACUUCCUGAAGCCGGGCUUUGAGAGCAAGAUUCUGAAGAAGUUUGAGCAGCAGAAGGAUCUCUCUUUGGAUACCGAUUUGGAUGGCGAGAUCUAUGCCGACCAGUUACACUCGCUCAUCCAACGUCUGAAUCCGGAGGAGAAUGUGGAGCCAGGCGACCAGGCUAUUGGCAACAUUUUGCCAUCGAAUCAGCAUGGCUAUCGCAAGAGCGUCCAAGGCGCCAAGCUUACGGAUGAGGAGAUUAUCAUGGGCCGGAUCCAUGGAACCAUCUCCGCCGAUGGGGAGAGCCAAUCGAACGCUCGUCCGCCGCGUCCGCCGAUGAACAACAAGCCGGACAUCAUGACGCCCAUGACUCCGAUGUUGCCGCGUAGUGGAAUGUCUUCAUUUGGAGGUGUAUUCGAUGGCAACUAUCAGGGCCCCAAGCUAUUCAGCCAGAGCGUGAUGACCAAGACUGUGCGCAAGCCGGAUGGCAGCUAUGAGACCACCAAGGUUACUCAGGAUUCGUCUGGUCACAAGACCACCACCGUAACCCGGAUGAUAGACGGGCGUAAAGAGACCACCGUCACCCAUGAUGGCGGGGCUCCAGCACUUGGAAUGGGUGGCAAGCAGCAGCUGCAGCAGCAGCAGAAGGAGAUGGCCGUGGCUCGUGGCGAACGCAACAUAUUCGUGACAAAAGAAGGCUACGCCAUGCCACGGAACCUCUGGUGACCAGUGGUGAACAACUAUUGCCCCAAUCAAGACAAGCGAUCUCUGCUGCAGCAACAGAAACAACAGCAACAGUACGAAGAUAGGCUAAAGCGAUUCGUCGGCAACAUAGUCCCGCAUCCUCACAACAUCCAAAUUAGAACCUACUACAUUUUAGUUUA